GUAAAUACAAUUCGGAAACUCGCCCAUCCUCCAAGAGCUCCUACCUCCCCGAGCUGAAGAUUAAUAACGUCACGAGGUCGUUUUUUUUUAGUUCCAAGUUGUCUUGAACGAAACUUAAAUUCCGUAUUCUUGCCACUAGUUUCAUACUAGCCUACGUCGCUGAUAUCACCAGGAGAACGCAGUGUCAUGGUCACUCUAUUAUUCCCAUUCUACCAGCUAUAAUAACCUAAUGGAAAAAGUAGAGAGGUUACGAGGUAAUCUGAGAGUGAAAAUAUCUUCAGAUUGUGUUUCCCAGCUGAUGAGGACUGGCUGAGGAUGACGAAGAUGAUGCAUAUACAGGGGACACCCCAGCAGUGUCAGGGGCUGCAGGGACCUCUGUGAUGGUUGACCCUACCUCAUCCCUGAUCUCCCCAGCUCUGCAGGGGCUCACCAUGGCCACUCGGAGGACACCCUUGGUCCAAACCAGCUUGGUCAAAGACUUUAACCACUUCAUUACCUGCUACCUGUGCAGAGGUUACCUGAUCAAACCCACCACGGUCACUGAGUGCCUGCACACAUUUUGUAAGAGCUGCAUCAUCCAGCACUUUGAAGACAGUAAUGACUGUCCCAAAUGUGGCAUUCAAGUCCACGAAACGAACCCUCUAGAGAUGCUAAGGUUGGACAAUACUCUUGAGGAAAUCAUUUUCAAGCUUGUGCCUGGAUUACGAGAAAAAGAGGGACAGCAGGAGAUUGAUUUCUGGAGGAAGAAUAAGUCAAAAGAAAAUUCACAAGGAGACGGCCUUGGGUCUAAGAAGCUUGGGCUCAGUGAUGAGGAUGGUGAUGAAGAUGACCAGGAUUACCACAGGAGCGACCCCCAGAUAGCCAUCUGCCUCGACUGUCUCCACAACAAUGGCUAUGCUGCAGACAACACAGUGAAGUGUUUAAUGAAGAAGUUCAUUCAUUGCUCUAGUCGAGUCACGGUGGGAACCAUCAAGAAGUUUCUCAGUCUAAAGUUAAAGCUUUCUAGCUCUUGUGAGCUGGAUGUGCUGUGUAAUGGGGAGAUCAUGGGGAAGGACCACACUCUGGAGUUCAUCUACAUGACCCGCUGGAGGCUGCACAGUGACAACAGAUAUCCCAUGGUCCUGGAGUACAGGCCACGAAUAGACUUUGGCUGAACGAAGCCCUGGAAGCCUCCAUAGACAAACAAAGCAAGGACUGGAUGUACAUGCAGCCAAGCCAUGAACUCUGUCCUUCCAAACCUUUCUGAACUUCUCUACAUUUGACCAUUUGUUUUUUUUUCUCAUUCUGUUUCAUUUAGUUGCGACCUUCGUUGUUGAACAUUCUGUGUCCUUCAUUGUUGGAACAUUCUGUGUCCUUCGUUGUUGGAACAUUCUGUGU